ACGGAGCGCACCUCGCAGCUGGCGGGCGCGUCCUGGGGGCGCUGCGUAGGGCAGAGCUGUUGGGGGCUGAGCCCCCCGGAGUCUGGGCUCUGCUCUAAGCCCCGCGCCCCGUGCUCUCCGCACCCUCGCUCCUGCCUUCUUAGCAGAGACUCCCAGCGACCCCCUCAGUUUGCACGCGCCCCUCACUGCCCCCACCCGCCCCUCUCCCAGCAGUCUCUCGCGCCCUCCAGCCGCCGGAGCGCCACGGCCAUGGGCAUCCGAGGGACUCUGAGAGCUGCCGUGUUCCUGCUGCUCAUCAGGACCUGGCUCGCGGAGGGCGACAACCCCAGUCCCGUCCCGAAAUUCCACUUCGAGCUCUCCACCGUACCCGAAGUCGUCCUGAACCUCUUCAACUGCAAAAAUUGCGCAAAUGAAGCUGUGGUUCACAAGAUUUUGGACAGGGUGUUGUCAAGAUAUGAUGUCCGUCUGAGACCAAAUUUUGGAGGUGCCCCUGUGCCCGUGGGAGUAUCCAUCUAUGUCUCCAAUAUUGAACAGAUCUCAGAAAUGACUAUGGACUAUACGGUCACAAUGGUUUUUCAUCAGACAUGGAAAGAUCCACGUUUAGCAUACUAUGAGACCAACCUGAACCUGACCCUGGACUAUCGAAUGCUUGAGAAGUUAUGGGUCCCUGACUGCUACUUUCUAAAUAGCAAGGAUGCUUUUGUGCAUGACGUGACUGUGGAAAAUCGAGUUUUUCAGCUUCACCCAGAUGGAACGGUGCGAUAUGGCAUCCGACUCACCACCACAGCAGCUUGUUCCCUGAAUCUACAAAAAUUUCCUCUGGACAAGCAGACCUGCAAGCUGGAAGUGGAGAGCUAUGGCUACACAGUUGAAGACAUAGUCCUGUACUGGGAAGGCAAUGGGCAAGCCAUCCAGGGCACUGAGAAGCUGCAUAUCCCUCAGUUCAGCUUCCUGGGAAAGACGAUAACUAGCAAAGAGGUGCUUUUCUACACAGGUUCCUAUGUGCGCCUGAUACUGAGGUUCCUGGUCCAGAGGGAAGUCAUCAGCUACCUGGUGCAGAUCUAUUGGCCUACUGUCCUCACCACUGUUGUCUCUUGGAUGUCAUUUUGGAUGAACUAUGAAUCCUCUGCAGCCAGGGUGACACUCGGUCUGACUUUAAUGCUCAUCCUGAACACCAUCAACUCACAUCUGCGGGAUAAACUCCCGCAAGUCUCCUGCAUCAAGGCCAUCGACAUCUAUAUGGUUGUAUGCUUCUUCUUCGUGUUCCUGUCCUUGCUGGAAUAUGUCUACAUCAACUAUCUUUUCUACAGCCGAGGAGGGUCCCGACACAAUAGUAGGCGACACAGACGAGCCCGAAGAGUCAUGGCCCGCUACCGCUACCGCUACCGGAACACAGCGCUGCAGAAAGCCCAUGAAGAGAUGGUUCUGUCAGUGGAAGAGCUCCACAGUCGCAUUAGAAGUGCUGCUAGGAGAAGCCCCACCCCUCCUCGCUCCCCGCCGGUACUUGUUCACGCGGGAUAUGACUCUAACAACUCCACUGUCUGCUUGAGUGAUGAUCACUUCAGCGUAGAAGACGAGAGUGGCUCUCCUCCCUCCACACCAGUGCCAGCCCACCGGGCAAGCCUAGAAAGCCUCGGCUCUUUGACCUCUAUCACAAAGCAGGCCCCACUGGCCUCCUUAGAAAGUCUCAGCUCACCGUCUACCCUCUCAGGCCAGGCCUGGCCAGCCAGCAGAGAAAGCCUGAGCGAUCUGCCUUCCAUCUCCGAGCAGGCCCUGGAUGGCUAUGGCACUCGCUUCCAUGGUCCCGAGAUUGAGGACAGCAUUAUUCCUACUGAAAUCCGCAACCGCACUGAGGCCCAUGGCCGUGCAGAGACCCAUGACCCAGAGGACCCUGAAGAGACCUCCAGCUUGGGUGAGAACCUUGGUCAUGGCCCCAGUAGGAGGCAUCUGCUUGUCCUCAGCCAGAGGUGUGUGCAAGAAGCAGGCUGCAACCUUGAUGAGAUCUGUAGCUUGCCUGAUGACGUCAAAGUUGAGAGUGGCUUCCUUGGCCUCGAGAAGCAACACAAGCAUGCUGUUGAGACAACCUGGAGCCCUGAUGAUGAUUUCAUGAGCUUUGACGAAGACAAGGACAGUAAUUCAGAGUCUGAGGACAGUUACCCGCCAAGCCCUGGGUGCAGCUUCACCGAAGGAUUCUCCUCCAAGCUCUUUCACCCUGACUACGUCCCUAAGGUUGACUGGUGGUCCCGGAUCCUCUUCCCUCUUGCCUUUGUGGUGUUCAACAUUGUUUACUGGGCCUACCAUUUCAAGUAGUUCCCCAUUGCCCCAGAGAGACAGGGCACUGUGCUGUGCUCCUUUUACAGUCCUUAUGGUUCCGUUUUGCCUGCUUUUCUUUGUUCGUAUUCUUUUCUUGUGGUUAUCCAGGCAGUCAAAUCAGCCCUGCCUUUCUCUUUAUAAACAUGAGGUGAGGGGUAGUGGGAAAGGAUGUGUUCUGGCUGGAAGGAGAGGGAUUGAAGAGAAGCUGGAAGUAAGUAGCACAGUAAUUUUCCUUUUCUUCUAGAAGACUAUCACUUUUUCAAGGACUCCUACCAGUUAAUGUACACAGAAAAGCCCCUGGAAAUGUCUAGGGGACUGAGAGGAGCCACGUUGGAGCACAGAGGAAGGAUCAAAGUCCUAUGCACAAACAUUCCUGAGGGCUUUUCUGUCCCCCUGAGGUGUUGAACUUUCUGUUUUGUUACUUUUUUCCUCCUAGGGAUUACAGCCCUUUCUCACCCCCCACUUAGGAUUUCGUGGGAGGAAGUCAAGCUGCUUGGGCUGAGCUGCACAGGGGCUUGCACGUGUCGAGAGCUGCCUCUAAGGAGCUUGGGAAAUCUUGAAAGUGCCUUUUCCCCACUAUUUUUUCUGUUAUAUUUUGAGUGUAGUGGUGUAGUUCAGGGCUGACGGUGCAUGUGGGUGGGCGGGUGGGUAGGGGUGCCAAGCGAGACGUCACAGUAGGUGGGAGAGCAUGUUUCCCCUAGGAGCUUGCAGGGAGUGAUAGAUGUCAGGUGAGCAAGUACCCAGAUUGGAGAAGUGAGAAUUUCUCUUGUCUACAUGUGUGCUUCAGAAUGCUUGACAGCAGGGGCUCCAUACGUGUGUCUAGGUCAGAUGCUGAACUGACCCACAGUCACAGAGCAAGCACUUGGUGAAAGAAGGCUAGCGUUAGGAAAGUUCACCAUCUAAUCUCAAACAGCAGAUGAACAACUGUUGUGAAUCUAUAUACUAAUCCUUUCUGUUUGUCUAGUGCAUAGUUAAGUACCAACAAGCUUACUGACCGACGACAUCAUCAGACUGUCACAGGAGCCCUGUAAGCCAGGGAAGGCUCAGGACCUUGUGCCCAGUGUUCCAAGGGAAAACGAGUUUAUGAACUAAGCUGGGGACAUCCAGCCAGUGCGUGGUGGAGCUGCCCCACCUGCUCUUUCUUCUUGUCCUCUUAACUCUCAACCGAAGUGGACCCCUUCUUCCCUUCCCCUUUACAAAAGGGGGUGUUCUGUCGGCUUCUGUUUAUCUGCCAGGCACCAGACAUCACCCUGCAGCACGCAGAGCGUCUCUGCAGGAAGAGGCCAUUGACGACCAACGCGUGUGAACCGAGCACAGGGGGCAUGGAUGCUGCCCACGCGCCGGGGCUCCUAAGGAGGAGAAAGUAGCUUACGCUCCAGUCUGCCAAGCAGCCCCACCUGUGUUCCUCAUUCCUCCCCAGGCAGCCUCUCCUGCAGCUCCUCAGCCACCUACCCUGUUAACUGUGCUUCUGUGUUUGUGUCCUUGUGUCUGCCUGGCUGUGUGUGCAUCAGGGUAGUUCUGUGCACACAUACAGCCAUUUGAGAAACUGUGUAGCUCCACAUGGAUCAGUACAAAUCUACAUCGUUGUGUGUAUGAGUGUGUGUAUGACAACGUGUGGAUGCAUAUAUGUGUGUGCACGCAUAUGAAAGUGUAUGACUUUGUGGCUUCUCUAUGUGUGUGCUUGUGUGUUCUGAUGUGGGUGUAUUUUGUGUGUGCAUAUAGUGCACAUGUGCCUAGAUAACUCCGUGUUUAUUUAUCUGAUUGGAGUGGGUAUGAAAGGAAAUACACCUGAAAGCAUAUAUAUUUCCUGUCGGUGGCUCUUCUAGAGCCACCAAAUUCCCUUGGCCUGUUCCCACAUACAUGGGGAGGCCCUAUUGGCCAGGCUGGUUAACUGUUUCUCUGCAAUUCCUCUUCCAGGGAGCAGUAUCUCCCAGUCCCCAUCCGCUCCUCUCCUCUUCCCUCUACCCACCUGUGCUGUCUCCUGGAUAGAAGACACAGAAGUGAAUGUAGUCCUAAGAAGUGAUCAUUUAGUGCCUUGAGGUAGAAAGCGCUCAACGGCCUGGUAAGCUGGGAGCACACAGCAUUUUGCUGUGUCCUGGAAAGACAUGUUUGGGAAUAACAAAGGCAGCGGUGGGGAGCCUUGAAGCUGCAUCGGGAACAGAGCUGUGGUAGGGACCAUGCAGUGGGAGGCGCAUUGCGUGUAGCGUUUAUAGCUCAGUCCCUUGGUGCAGCCACCUUGGAAGCCAGAGCAGCUGCAAGCAGGGUGGCAGAUGUGAGGGCCCGAUCCACGGGAUCGGCUGCGGGCAGCAGAAGGGAGAGAACCGAAGGUGCCUGGGAGGCAGCCGCAGGCACGGCUGUGGUGGGGGGCCUACGUGGGGCCACUUUCGUAGCCCAUCCCACAAUGGCCGCUGGCUGAACUUCAGCCUUAGGUUUGGAGUCCAAACUCCCUCCUCCCACCCCUUCCAGGGGAAGAGAUGGUCAGAGGGGUGAGAGGGCAGACCAAGGAGGGCCUACAUCAGCCCAACGUGUGGUCUCUCUUGUAUACACAGCAUGCAAGUAGAGCCUCCUACACUCACGCCCACAGAGCUGCACCGCCACCCAUCUGUGUAUGCACACGUGGGCGCUCACCCUCAGCAGCGCAUCCAUGUAUACACACACACGUGCACCAGCACUCACAUACAGCCAUGCAUACAUCCACAUGCACGGCUGCACACUUACUCUAUUCACACACACGCACACACACAUACACGCAUCAUGGAAGACAGCUAAAAACGAAAGUUACUGAUGGAACGUCUAAGAUGGCUUCUUUCUUUCUGGACAUCCCGCACAGAAAGAUUCAGGUUGUGGGAGAGCAGUUGACCCCACAUGUGAACCUCCCGUCAUGGCUCCUGAAGCGCUUGCUUCCUGGGGCCCAAACAUUAGUUGGUUGAUUUGGAUUUGGGUUUCCAACACUCUGGAGGGCCUUUGGGCCCCGUGGGGCACAGCAGUUCAUUUGGGGUGAUGUCAAACAGAAAGACUGGAACAGUGGGGACAAAAAGGGCUUUUAAGGCCUGCCCGGCAGCAGUGCGCCGGAAAGCUGCGGAGCACGGGGGAAGGGCAAGGAGGCCAGCUGUGCGUGCCUCUGUAGACCCGCGCAGCUAGACACAUGACCACACCUUAACAGGAGCGUCUUGCCCUAACAUGCUGCAGUGAGAGCGGCUGACUCCGCUGCGACUCGCACCGUGUGAAGUGAAGUGUCAAGAUGAGGUGGAGGCUUGGCAAUGACACCUUUCCACUUGACCCUUCUGAGUUUGCCAUGGCCUUGGUCAUGUUAGCCUGAGAAUUGCCAGAUCUCCCCUUCCCGUGGUGUGUGUGUGUUCGGUCGGCCUCAGUAUUGUAGUUGAGCCCCAUCCUCAGCGGUCCUCAGCUGAGCAGGCACACCCUCCCCCAGCUAGCUGCCUACACCCCCUCCCACUCCCACACCACACCAAGUGACUGGAUGUGCAGAGCAUGAGGGGGGCGCUCCUGGGGCUCCGCCCAAGGCACCUUUCUCAGCCCCAGCCCCUCAGAGAGUGCUUGUGGCGGCAGAUCGCUAGGAGCCUGGGCAGAGGGAAGGGUCCUGCUGAGUCGGGGAUGGAGCAGCCCCCAUUUUACUCCUCUACCCAUCUUCCCUUUCCUUUCCUCACAAGGGCUAUCCCAUCAAGGGCUUUCCCCCUGAAACCCCUCCUCCACCACUCCCACAGAAAGGACACCCUGGGUCUCUCCAAAGCAUGAUUUUGUUGUGAAGCUGUGGGACGUGUUUCCUGCAGAGUUCUUGCCUGUACCACCUGCCGCGGUGGGGUGCCUUUGCAGAGAUAAUGGACAAUCUGUUGGGUCUUCCUGGAGCCUGUCAAAUGUGUUCUUAAAAUCGCCAUCAACUUGUCAAUAGCAAGGCCGCAAAGUCGGUGCAUAUUUAGAGCUGAGUUUUCCUGAGACUGGCUAUUCCCAAUGAGGUUUCCUUAUUCUGUACAUGAAAAAGCCAACCCUUUAAGCUAUGCAUUCGCUAAGCUACCCACCCGCAUGGCGCUGUGCUGUGGUGGCACGCAACACAGGAAACUGUGGCUUGUCCUACUGAGAGUGCAGUCUGCUCGUAGUUGUUGUAUCAUGUCCUGUGAUCAAUAUGAAAUCUCUGUUAUCUGUGUUGGGUUUGGGGGGAAUGUUACAGUGUCUCCCUGAUAUACUUCAGUUAGGAAAUAGCCUCAGUUGGUCAGGGUCACCUCUGCUGACAUAACGUGUGCACGACUUUGAGGUCAGCAGUCCCCAGCAGAACCGAAGGCAACUCUUCAGAGGGUAGCUGAGGCACUGCCAUCCUGCAGACAGAUGACAUACGGUACAGCCGGACACACGCAGGUCUUUGGGAGCGGAGCCGGGCCCAGGCAGUGAAAACCAAGAGGGGAGGAGGAGGACCAAGACCCACGUGUCCUGGAUGGCCUGACCCGCAAAGGGCACAGAGCAGGAGAUAUCCCCCAGGAUGACCCAGUGCCCAAUUUGUCCUUGUUAAAUGUACAUUUUUGCAUGAAAAGGACCUUGACCAGUCCUGAGUUCAAAAAGGAAAACGUGAAGAAACAUAAAAUUACGCUUCUGAAAAGUAGGCUGAAACAAACAUUUGUAAAUAGCCAAAAGAAGAAAAUAAAUGCACAUAAUGGUAAAUAAACUUAUGGGUC